UCUGGACUCUUUUUAUUCUUUGAUCAUAACAUUGUAAAACAGACGUGACUGCCUUACUCAAACCUUGCCGUUGCCGCGUCCAGACAAAUUUUAAAUAUUGUAAAAGCAAGUAUUUGUGGAAUUUGAAUUUGCGUGAUCAUGGCUUCCAAUCACGACGAUCACCUCACAGGUGUUGCGACUUUCAAGGUACAAAGGAUUGAAAAGACCAGAGAGGAGGAUGUCGCUAGUUUAAAGAAUUAUGCAUCAGCUUCAAAAUUUCCAAAGCGGAAACGUCCUAUCGCACGGCAAGGCGUCGCACAGUUCAGGCAGGUCAAUUUAGGGCAAACUCUCAAUCUUAGCGGUCUAAUGGAUUCCUCCCAGGCCAAUGAAAGCCCCUCAAUUCUUCCAACUGCACAAGAGCUCCAAAAGCGGAAACGGACUAUCGCAAGGCAAGGCGUCGGAGAGUUGAGGCAGGUCAAUUUAGGGCAAACUCUCAAUCUGAUCGGUCUAAUGGAUUCCUCCGAGGCCAAUGGAAGCCCCUAUCUUCCAACUGCAAAAGAGCUCCAGUAUGAAACGCCGGCGGUAGAUCUUCUUUCUUUGGUUGGAAGGCGCAAAAAUCGCGACAAUCUUCAUCCAGGAUUAAAAUCUCGCCCUCUCCCUGAUCAAGAUGAAACUCGCCGAAAAGAAACCCUAGAAUUAACAGCUAGGACUUCGCUUCAUGUGUAGAAUAUGUUUUAUUCUUCUUUCAUGUUUUGGAACUGAAAUUUUCAGAUUAAUGUAUUGGCGCUAGCAUUUCCAAAUCCACAUGGCUACAGUUAGUUUUUAGUCUCAAGGAUUCCACAGUCUUCUUAUUCUUUGUGCACCACAAUUCUCCCAAAUCUAUUGAAAAAAGAAAUUAAAAAAAGCAUGGUGUAACGAUUAAAGCUAUAGAUUUCACGUUGCCUUUUACUCUGUGUUUCCCUUCAUCUUCAAAUAUGUAGAGAAGGAAAUCGAAAACAGAAAAACAUUUGUUAACUGUUGAGAAGGAUUUUACCUGAUUGUAAGUUUUAAAUUAUAGAUUAUUUGUGUUUGUGU